UGAAACACCUGAUUGAAUACAUGUAAUUUGAUUCGUUUAAAAAAAUCUUCUUUUUUUUCUGUAAUAAAAUUGAAAUUAAUAUUCAUCCAUCGUGUUACUUUGACUGGCCUCAAUGACAUCAUAACCUAAAAACCGUCACUUAAUUUGUCAAACAUGCAUAAAAAUAAUAUUGGAGACGCAACUUUGCCUGAAGAACUAAUACUUCAAGAAAGACUUCUGAGAAUCUUAACAACAUCGCCCCAAAACUCUGAUAUGGCCUUCCUAUACUUCAACGAAGACUUCUCCGAAUACCCCCCAUCAGCGUCUCUAUUCUCUGAUGACGAUGAAGAUCCAAAUAUAAAAGAAAUUGAACCGGAUCAUAAUAGAUCAAAGGCAACUCAUAAUAUGCUUCUUAAGCUCGUAACUAGUAAGAUAAUAGACCAAAAAAGGGAAAAUAUACAUAAUUUCGCUCACAUUCAAGACAUUGUAACCAGAGUACACUUACCCUCAGAAGAAUUCGCUCAAGUGGUCAUGCUAAGCCCCUUAAAGAGAUUUUUUUCCAGACUAUGGUCCUGGUGCAGAAAGUCAAAAAAGUAUUGAAUCCUGCCCUGUAAUGGGCUUAUAAAAUAAGGGGUGAAUUUCCCUUAUAUGUAUAUACAUAAACGGUAGUAAUGUUCUAAUUGGUUUAAUGAAAUUGCUUCUAUUGUUACUUUCGGGGUUUUAAGGGAAGGAAUAUUGAUUGCUUGGGGUCAGGUUUGUGGUCAUAUGGGCCCAAAAGGGCAAAUAAUAAAAUGGGAUAAGAGUA